UAACAACACUCAUUUGUCAUUGUCAACUGAAUCGAAAACAACCAUAAUAUUUAGGAUUUUCAUUUCAUUGUAAAAAUUCGUUGUUUAUUUUAAAGCUGUGGUACUUCUGUUUAGUCCACUGUCGCCUGUAAGGUAACGCCGAACAGUUGAGUGCCCCGUUAAGUAGCAGGGGACGUAAAUAUGGAGGCAGCCCCUCGUCUGCCCAUGAUCAGCUUUGGUCUCUUCGUUAGUCAAGAGACUGUGCAGUUUGGAAAGAAGUUGAAAGAGUACAUUGCAGCUUUUUACCAUGAAGAUCCUGAGUCAUAUACGGCUGAAAUCAGCAAGCUCGAUGCUCUUCGAGCGAGUGCCGCUCAUCCAACCCUGAACGUGUCUGGACUGGAAACCCUUAAGAAGUAUUACUGCCAGUUGCAUUUCCUAAAAUCGCGCUUUCCUAUGGAACCUGGACAGCCCUGCUUCAUUGAGUUUGAAUGGAAAGACAGUCAGAACGGCUCAUCGUCUGGCGGCAUUGAAUUCGAAUUAAUGGCUAUUUUGCACAAUAUUGGCGUCCUGCAUACCGUUUUAGGGGCGCAAGAUUCAAGGACCAACCCGGAAGGCAUGAAGCUGGCCUGCUCCCAUUUUCAGUGCGCUAUUUGGGUUUUUCAGACUCUUAAGGAAAGAUACUCCGUGUUAUCCUACCUAACAUUCCCAGAAGUUCCACAUUUUUACAAGCAGCUCUGCUUAGCUCAAGCACAGGAAUGCAUUCUCGAAAAAAGCAUGCUGGACAACAGAAAAUCCACCAUUAUAUCUAAAGUAGCAGUUCAGGUAUGGGACUACUAUCGGCAGGCGUUAAGCGGCCUGAAGUCGAUCAGUGACGAUUCAGUGGGGCGCAACAGAUACAAGGACUGGAUGAAAUAUUUGCAAUUUAAAAUUGCUUAUCACCGAUGCAUCUCUUUGCUCUUUCAAGGACAGCAGGCCGAAGAGUUGCAGAAAAUGGGCGAAAGGGUGGCGUUUUAUCAAGGCGCUUGCGAUAGUCUGCAGGAAGCCAGCAAAUAUUUGAGCAGCAAACAGCAAAAAGAAUUGGCAGAUGCUUUAGCCUUUACGACAGACGUUGUGGAAGGCAAAAGGAAAGCUGCCAAAAACGAAAACGAAUUCAUUUACCAUGAGGAAGUUCCCGAUAUUGCAAGUUUGCAAGAAGUGAAAGGCGCAACUUUGGUGAAAGGAAUUGAGUUCGAUAUUAAUGAUCCAGAAGUAUCCGGUCCCGACAUAUUUGCCCGCUUAGUUCCCAUGGAAGCCCACGAAGCUGCUUCGGUUUACAGCGAGAAAAAGGCAGAAAUUUUGCGAAAUAUUGGGCAACAAAUGGAGAUAAGAGAUCAAGCCUUAGUGGAAUUUAUGUCGUCCAUGCAACUGGAUUUGCUCACUAAGAUGCACCAAGCAACUGGGAUCCCGCAAGAGUUAAUCGAUAGAGCGGCGUCGUUAUCAGCCAAACCUGCAGCUAUUCAAGAUCUAAUCGAUUCGAUGUGCAUGCUUUCAAAUAUUUGCCAUGACGUUGAGGCCAACCUCGGGGAUAUCGAUGCGCUACUUAAAGAGGACGAAGACAAUGAAAAAAGUUAUCAGGAAGUCAUGGGUAAGAGACCAUCCAGUAUUAUAACAACGGAUUUUGCAAGGGAAGCCUCUAAAUACAAAGAAGCCCAUAACAAAGCCAAGGAGUCCAAUGAAACUCUCAGCAAAGCGGUGAUGACUCAUCUGGAAAACUUGAAGAUUCUCCAAAGGCCCAUUAGGGAGCUGCAGCAGCGAUUGCCGAGUGUAGAAUUGCCCAAUCCCAAUAUAGAUCAGAACGCUGUAAAAGAAUUGGAGCUUCUCAGCUCCAAAGUGGACGAAAUGAAAACUCAACGGGUCAUGUUGUGGGCUCAAUUAAGGGACGCAAUUCACAAUGACGACAUCACCAAUGCCUUAGUGACCAAACAGCCCCACGAACCAUUGGAGGAAGUUUUCAAAACCCAAAUGGAGAAACAUAAUCAUUUGAUUGAAGUCUUGAAUCAAAACCUAGUGGCGCAAGAUAACAUCAAGAAAGCGUUUGUGGAUUGCUACGCAAAAACCGUCAAUACCAGACGGUACAUUCAGGACAUUAUUCAGAAAAGAUCCUCCACUAUCCAGGCUUUGAUAGUUUCCCAUGAUUCAUAUGACGAUCUGUUGGCUAAAGCCGUCAAAGGCACUGAAUUCUACACUAAACUCGACAUGAAUGUCUCCAAGUUGCUGCAGAAAAUUAAGAGCGCUACCAAAGUGCAGCAGGAGGAAAGAGAACAAAUGUUGGCUAAGAAUGUGCCGAAGAAAGAGGAAGCCCCGAUCAAUCCAGUCAGUACUACUGCCUCUGCACCCAAGCUGAAGGACUAUCUAGAAGCCCGAAAAAAAGCUGGGGCAGUGACAGGGUAUUCGACUUUACCGACGAACUACGGGGGUUUGUCUCAUAACGUGAGCGACACUCAAAACUGGCCUCUCGGAGUCAGACCGACGCCAGUAGGCUCAGAAAUAUCCACCGAUCCAGUUCCCCGCAUGCAAAACGAGGCGGCUGUAAACGCCGCUUAUUAUCAACAGCAGCAGUUGUACCAAAACUAUGGACAAUCGGGGAUGUCUAAUAAAGUUGCUCCAAACAACUACUCAAGUCAGCAGGCCGCUACUAGUGAGGCUUUGGAGCAUUUAACAAACCGCAUGAAUGCGUUGUAUGCUAAACAGCAAGACAUUAGUUCACAGUAUUUGUACAGCAGCUACACGCCUCAAAACUACAAUCCGACGCCGUAUACGCUUCAAUCGCAGCACUAUACCGACGUUCAAAGAGCUCAAACGCCGACAGUUCAUGAUGCCAGUAAAGCUUCCACAUUAACGACGAUGUCCUAUCAAACGAUUUCUAGCUACAUGCCCAAUGCGGCUCAAGGCAAUGACACUUUGACUCACAUGCAAUAUCCAGAUAGUACGCUACAGAAUCCGGCUCCAAACACCGGGUAUCAGAAUGGGGCCUACAACCAGGCGACCUCGUAUAAACCAGCCGCGCAACCGGAUUCAGCGCCCAGAAGCAAUCAGCAGCGGCAGUAUGUUCAAGAGCAGUAUCCACAAGAACAGUAUCUGCAGUAUCAAGGCGCUGGAAAUGUACAAAGCGCUCAAACUCUGCCGCAACCUCAACAGCAAGUUUACAGCCAGCAGACUCAGAACCCGGUUGAACAGGGCCAGAAACAGCUGUACAUGCAGCAAAUGGGUUCUUCGGGGUACGGCACACAGUUCCCUACUCAAGUUGCAAGCAGUUAUGGGAACGCGGGAAAUGUUCCUGUGAGUUAUGGUUCAAAUACUCAGAAUCCUCCAGUUUCUGCGCCGCAAUCGUAUGGGGUUCAAGCACCCACAUCAACACAACCGGUUGCUACUCAGAAUUCUGCUAGCAAUCCAAGUGCAGGGCUUCAAUCCUACAGUUAUCAGCAGUAUCCAAGUUCGGGUUAUUCGACCAAUCCACAGCAAAGUGCUCAACAAGCGUAUUUCCCCAAAGGAUAUGCGCCCAAUUAUUUCAACCCAGUUAAUGCGUCUUCAUUGAAUACAUAUGAAAUUUCGCGCCAUAAUCAGGGCUACUACACUCAGCAACACUCGUCAUCUGUAGCCCCAAAUACGGGCACUUACAGCAACUAUUCCACUUACUCCUCACCUACAGGGGAUCCGUACAAGAUGCAAACUGGAUCGAUUGGGGCCAGCAUGUCUACUGGUACAUCUGAGACCGGUUUUCCCUCAUCAAGUGCUGCUACUUCUACGACCACAAAUACGCAAACGCCAACCGACAAUUCCUAUGGUAGUGUCUAUGGUUACAACCAGCUGAAUUAUGCCUCAACUGUGGCCACCGGGUCUUAUACUUACCCAACGAGUUCUCCUCAAGUUAACUCCAAUACUGCGCUCCAACAGAAUGUUCCUUGCAACAAAGAGUCUAAUAUCGACCUGCUAACUGGGCUAGAUUUCUCUGCCACCAACAAUAUCCCCACAUUAACGCCCCAAUCUAACAUCAUCGUCCCUGAAGUUCGACCCGAGAAAAAGGCCGUUGUUGAGAACAAAACCCCAAAACCAAGCCCAAAGAGUUCAGACCAAGCGAUAAAUACUCCUAAAGUGGAAACUAUUCGAGUCUUGCCCAGCAAACCGCUAAACAAUACCGAGGUCAAGACGCUCUUUGCCCAAGAAGUUGAAAAAUUCGAAAAGUCCGUCGAAGCGUUAACAAGCAAAACAUUAAGUGGGCCCACUAGUUUGGAUAUGAAGUGGAAGGAGAUUCAAGACAGUCAAGAAAACGAUACCCAGAAACGGGUUAUAUCGGUUGCCAGAUGCUACCCGAUGAAAAAUCGAUCUCCCGAUAUAUUGCCCUAUGAUUACAGUCGAGUUCAACUUCGUACUACUGGAGAUGAUUACAUAAACGCCUCAUUUAUCAAGCAAAUCUCCCCAUUCGGACCACAAUUUAUUGUAACUCAAGCUCCAUUGGUGUCGACGCAGGGUGAUUUUUGGGCGAUGGUUCGCGAACAGCAAGUGGACCUGAUUUUUUGCUUAAAUAAUGAAAACGAGAUUGGUGAUGAGAUUUACUGGCCAAAAGAAAAAGGACAAACCCUGUCAAUACUGAACCAAAAUCUGGUUUUGUCUUUACAAAGCGUUGUAAUGAAACCGCAUUGGAUUGAACGAGUGAUUUCUCUGACCAUUCCAGAGAAAAAAGAGACUUGGAAUGUUCUUCAUUUACAAUUCACUUCCUGGCCUGGCAGCUUAUUCCCCACUUCGCCCGAACCUUUUCUUAGCAUAGUCGUCGAACUGAUCAGUUUAUUCCAGCAGCAAAAAUCUGUAGCCCACCCGAUUUUAGUGCACUGUUCAUCGGGAAUAGGGAGAAGUGGGCUUUUGUGCCUACUCUCAAAUGCGAUUUUGGAUGUAACCAACCAGUCGAACUCCAUUCCGGAUUUGGCAGGAUUGACUUCUCAGCUGGGUAACUUCAGGAAAAAUAUCCUGCGGGAUAGGGAGCACUUGAAGUUCGCCUAUGAAUCGAUGCUGUGUUACAUGAAGCAGUUGCUUUCGCAAGAUAAUUUAAGGAAGAAACUAAACGACGUGGUCCCAGUGAAGGAAUCACAGGAGGAAGCGCCAAUUAUUCCAGAAGUUACAGAGAAAACCAUUGAUCCAUUGAGCACAUUGGACCCGUUUUGGGCCAGCAAGAAGUAGCCCUGAUAAAAUAAAGAUAAUUCUGCAGUUUGUUAAAAAUGGUAAAAUUAUUGCUUUAGUUUCAAAAUUUAGAUGUGAUUAAAAUAAAUUUCAACGGAAUAUGCCUUAAGGAAUGGGCUCAUACUUGUUUCUUCAAUCGGGAGUGAAAGGGCUGAUAUACAUACGUAAAAAUAUAUAAUGGCAUAUGUUUUAUUAUCCAAUUUUAGAACAUUAUUAAUGCUAAGAAUAGUGCGUAAAUUAACCGAUAGAUUUAAUAAAAUUACGGUAACUGAUAGAUAUUAUUUGUAGUUCAUAAAUGUAAAAAUAAAUUUGAUUGAAAUUGAA